AUUGAAAACCAUUAUUUUCAAGGUGACAAAGUCAUACUGCCAACUUUAUUUAUAAUGCAAUGUUUAAUACAGAGCUAUAUGUCAUUCAUUCAUACACAUCCAACGAAUCAUUUCCACAAGAGAGAAUGGCAGUGUCACCCUCAGGAUUCGUCCUCACUCCUUUAUCCAAAGCCGACGCCAAUUACCAUAGACCCACCGAACUCAAAGUCUUCGACGAUACAAAAGCCGGCGUCAAGGGCUUGGUUGACGCUGGAAUCACCGAAAUUCCGCGCAUCUUUUACCAACCAGUGGAAGAUUACUACUGCUAUAAACUUCCCGACGAAACCCAUCACCAAAUCCCAGUGAUAGAUCUCGACAACGUCCACGGAAAUCCACUCAAACGAAAAGACGCCAUAAACAGAGUCAGAGAAGCUUCAGAGAAACUGGGUUUUUUUCAACUGAUUAACCACGGGAUUCCGGUGAACGUUCUCGAAGAAAUGAAAGAUGCAGUCAGGAGAUUCAACGAACAAGACACGGAAGUCAGGAAACAAUACUACACCCGGAACAACACAAAACCUUUAAUUUACAACAGCAAUUUCGAUCUGUACAGUGCAUCGACUACGAAUUGGAGAGACACGGUUGGAUAUAUAAGUGCCCCUAAUCCUCCCGAUCCACAAGCCUUACCCGAAAUCAUCAGAGAUAAUCUCUUGGACUACUCGAUAAGAGUAAUGGAAAUUGGGAAAUUGUUAUUUGAAUUAAUGUCGGAGGCUUUAGGGCUGAACCCAAAUUACUUAAACGAAAUAGGCUGCAGCGAUGGACUUGCAAUUGGGUGCCAUUAUUACCCACCAUGUCCACAGCCGGAUUUGACACUAGGCACAUCCGAACACAGUGACAAUGUUUUCAUCACUGUUCUAUUUCAAGACAACAUCGGCGGGCUUCAGAUUCGAGACCAGAAAAAAUGGGUUGAUGUGCCACCUGUCGCCGGAGCUUUGGUGGUCAACAUCGGAGAGCUUAUGCAGUUAAUAACAAACGACAGAUUCAUAAGUGUGGCACAUAGAGUGUUGGCGAAGAAGGAAGGUCCGAGAAUUUCAGUAGCUAGCUUUUUUUCGACGAUGGCAUUUCCGAGCACGAAAACGUAUGGACCCAUAAAGGAAUUGUUAUCGGAAGAGAAUCCUGCGAAGUAUAGAGAAACCACAAUUAGAGAAUUCGAUAGGCUGUAUCGUGCUAAUGGGCUUGGGACUUCCUCUCUGCCGCGUCUUAAGAUUUGAGUGAAAAAAAACUGAUGUGUAAUUUAUGUUUGUUUCUUGUUUUGAUUGAACCUUUGUGUGUUUGUCCAGAAAGCGAUGAAAGCUUCACAUUAA